AGUCAUGCAGCUCUGAAUUAAUUUGUUUAUCGAUUAUCAUAUUUAUAUUUAUCCGUGGUUAACAUUCUUCCUAUCUGGUAUCAUUUCUUAAAAAGUAGAAGCAGUGAGUGUAAAGAAAAAAAUAUGUCUGACUUUGAGACUGUUGCAUCAUUUUUAGAAACUUGCGGCUUAGCGCAUUUGUCUUCAACAUUUGCCAAACACAAAAUAGAUGACAUAGGUCUUUUACAUAUGAUAACAGAUGGGGAACUUAAGGAAUUAAUUCCUUUUUUGGAUGAAAGGAAAACAUUUCAUACGGCUUUACAAAAAGAUUCUUCCACAUUGCCAUGUGAAAAUAUAAUGAUGUCUUCAAAAAAUAUUGAAAUUAUUGAACUAGAAACUUCAGAACUAGAAGUAGAACAGAACUUUUAUACAGAACUAGAACCUUCUACAAAAAAACCAAGACUGUCAUUUUCAGUAGAAUCUGAUAGUACUUUAACAGCUUCUUCAUCUUCUUCUAAUGAAACCCCUAUUGGAAAAAAUAAAUCAUGUUAUCAUAAACCAGAAGUAUCUAGAGGAAAAUUAAUAGAUAAACACAGAAAUAAAUUGACUCUGUUAAGAAAAACUUUAAGAGCCUCUGAGGUUUCAUCAGUCGACGAAAAACAAAGUAAAGAACCCCGCACUAAUCAUAUGGAAAAUCUGUCCCGGUCAAAUCAAUUGGUUUUUACAUAUGUUGUAGCUUAUGACCUACUGAACAAAAGAUGUAAUGGGCACAAAGCUCAAUAA